CCCUCUUUUCUUCCCCGUGUUGCCGCUUUCUAUUCAACACAAGACUUCUUCCCUUUCAUCGUCUUUUCCGCUUCUAUCCUCUUCCCCUUCCCUCUUCUGCCCAUCUCUUGCUUCUUUUUCACCAGUCUCUCGUUCAUCCAGCCACUCGAAACCCCCUCACCUUCGUUCAUCAACUUCUCUCAGUUCGUUGAGCCGAGCGGUAGAGUAGUGUUUGUUUCUGAGUUCUCGCUGCUUUCUUACAACUUCAUAAUACCUACCAUCGUCCUUCUACAACUCUCCUUACACAACCAAAUAUUAAUACACACACAAGAUGAUCUCUCUGAGAAGAUUCAUCCUUGCGGCUGUGGCCGUUGCCGGAGCUGUCAAUGCCCAAUGUGACAAGAGUGUCGAGAUCAAGAGCGAUAGCGAUGUUAGCGCCUUGAGUUCUUGCAACACUAUCAAAGGGGAUGUUACAAUUGGAGAAGGUCUUACCACCUUGUCCUUGCCGAGCGUCCAGACAAUUGAAGGAGAUCUUACCAUCAAGGGAGCCGUCGGAUUGACUUCUGUUGAUUGCCCUAUGCUCAGACGGAUUGAGGGUGAUUUCGUUAUGCAGGGCUUGACUGUCUUGUCUAGCUUGUCCAUGCCUGAGUUGAUCAAAGUUGGCACUAUCUCGUGGACUACCCUUCCCGCUCUUUCCCAAUUGACCUUCACCAAAGGGGUUACUGAGGCGUCGAGCGUCCUCAUCACCGAUACCAACCUCGGGAGCCUUACCGGUAUUAGCUUGGUCACCGCAAAGACCUUUAAUAUUAACAACAACAAAUACUUGAACGUUGUUGAUGUUGCUUUGGGGAAUGUUAGCGAGGCUCUCUCUGUCGAGUUCAACGGGAAAUCACUCAACUGCUCCUUCCCUCGGCUCGUCUGGGCUACUAACAUUACUAUCCGUGAGGCUGGUCAAGUCUCUUUCCCCAAGCUCACCAAUGUUAAUAACUCUAUUGCCUUCAUCCAAAACAAUUUUGAGUCUGUUUCCUUCCCCGAGUUGGAGAAGGUUGGCCAGUCAUUUGCGUUCAACAGCAACACCAAGUUGACUAACGUCACUGCCAACGACCUCGAAUCCGUCGGUGGUACCUUCCAAUUUGCCAACAACACCAAAUUCCAAAAACUCGAUGGCUUCCGUUCCUUAAAAACUGUUGGUGGCUCCGUUGACUUGUCUGGUACCUUCACAAACGCUACUCUUCCCGAGCUCGAUGAUGUCCGUGGUGGAUUUAACCUUCAAACCACGGAGGAAUUCAGCUGCGCUGAGUUCGACAAGAAGAAAAGCAGUGGAGUAAUCAAAGGGGACGAGUACACCUGCAAGGGAAAGCUUAGCGAGGCCAAGUCCAGUGAGGGAGGUGCUUCAACCAGUGGUGGAUCCGGUUCAGGAGGAAGUGGUGAGAAGAAGAAUGCUGCCGCUGGACGCGCUGGUAUCACCACUUUCGCCUUGAUCGCCGUCGUUGCCGCCACUAUGAUCCUGUAAAUUUAUACUCCUGGAUUUCUGGACUUUCUUUGAGGGGUUUUUUAGUGUUUGUCAAUUACUACGAAUGUUAUCCUGGAGGGGUAAGGUCAGGGCUCACCAAUUUUAUUGUUAGUCUCCAAGAUCCUCUUUACGGAGAUUGGGGAAGCAUGAUGAGGCAAUGAAGUUGAUUGGUGUUCGUCUGCUAAAAAGGUUCCGGUUGCUUGCGUUUUUUUUUUUUUUUUUCUCUUUUUUUCUUUUUUUGCCUUGUCUUUACAUUCAUUUUCUCCAGUCACGGCGUUCAAGGCCGUCAUCUGGAGGUAUAAAGUGCGAUGAAUAACAGCAUGUUAUCUUCUGCUACUCAAAAUACACGGUAAUUGGGGCUUUCACUUCAUUCAGUAACUAUUCACUCGUAUUUCCUUUUAUUAUAUAUAUUUUUGUGGUGCAUAGCUUGCUCUUGAUGCUUCUUUUCUUUGCCCUUUUGUACCUUUUUUCCCUUCAAAUCAAAGAUACCUUGUGGUGAUGAAUUUUUUCCCCUUA